GGAUUAGCCGGGGCGUCGCUGCGUUUUGACGCUGGGUAACGAGAAUCCCUUCAUCCGCGAGUGCCACGUUAAUGAGAAACUGGUCUCUAAUUGCUUUUUGCUCUUUUCUAGGUUAUGGAGACUGGAACUCUGGGACAAACAGAGGUUACGAGGGAUACAGUUACGGCUAUGGCUACGGCCAGGAUAAUUCGGGUAAUUACGGAUACGGCAUGGCCACGUCGAACUCCUGGGAAAUGGCCAAUUCGGACGUUGACAUGAACCCCGACGGUUCGGGCGGCGGCAACGCCGACGCCGUCAUCGCGAAAAUGAACCAGCGCUUAGAUAUGGUGUCGCACAUGGACACGGACACGAUGCAAGGAGGACACUACGGAUCUGGUGGGGACAGAUUUGAUUUUUGGGGUGCUUUAACGAUUCAGGAGGAGAUCAGUCAAAUCAAACGCAAAUUGCAGGCGGGCAAGAAAACUCAAGAGAGGCAAAAGAAGAGGCAUCGGGAUCGCAUGGUGGAAAGGAUCCAGUUUGUUUGUUCGUUAUGCAAAUAUCGGACCUUCUACGAUGAUGAGAUGAACAGUCACCUGGAGAGCAAAUUCCAUAAGGAACACUUCAAGUUUGUUGGAACCAAGUUGCCUCAACAAACAGCGGAUUUUCUCCAGGAAUACGUUGCUAAUAAAACUCGGAAAACUGAAGAGCGCCGUAAAGCCAUUGAGGACAUCAACGCGGUUAUUCAGCAGAUCUAUAGGGACCAGGACCUUACGCAAGACGUCGGCAUGGAGCAUUUCAUUAAGAAGGUGGAGGCCGCUCACUGCGCCGCCUGCGACCUCUUCAUCCCCAUGCAGUACGGCAUCAUCCAGAAACACCUCAAAUCGCUCGACCACAACCACAACCGCCGGGCUAUGAUGGAGCAAUCCAAGAAAUCGUCGCUGGUGGUGGCGAGGAGUAUUCUCAACAACAAACUGAUCAGCAAGAAACUGGAGCGGUACCUGAAGGGGGAGAAUCCGUUCACGGAUGACCCAGAAGAAAAAGAGGAGCAUGAGGAAGGAGAAGGGGGAGCCAGUGGAAAUGUAGAGGAAGGAACGGCGGAAGGAGCAGAUGAAAACAAGGAUGAGGAGGAAAAUCUGGAAGAAGAAAAUCCAGAGGAGGAAAAUCCCGAAGAAGAAAAUCCAGAGGAGGAAAAUGUGGAAGAGGAAAAUGCAGAAGAAAAUCCAGGGGAGGAAAAUCUGGAAGAGGAGGAAAACAAGGAUCCCGAAGAAAACCCAGAAAGAGCUGAGAACGAGGGGGAGCGAGAGGAAACGGGGCCAGAGACGGAGACCAAGGCCACACCGCGAGCACAAGGAGAAGCGGAGCCGGACGCAGGGACCGCGGAGGAGCAAAGCUCCCCGCCCGCCGAGGAGUCCCUCCCUGAGGAAGAGGAGCAACAGCCCGCGGAAGGCGCGGGGGUAGAAGAUGAGGAGGAAGAAAGCGAGGAAGCCACUGCAGCGCGAGAGGACGAGGAUGCGGAGUAAACUCUGGAGGGGGAAGCUGACGAGUAAAAGACCUGACGUAUUUGGGGGUUGGUUUUUUUUUUUUUUUAAAACCGUAACGAUCUGUGAAUUUCAUAGCACAUCUUUUGAGUUCUACUAAACCCACUUCGGCCGUGGAAGCCUUUGCCUGUAAAGUGAUUUUUUGGGGGGGGGAAAUAGAGGACAUUUUUUCUCUUUUUUUUUUUUUUUUUCUUACCAAAUCUCCAGUUUAGGUUUCAGUUUAGGCUAGGUUUUGUGCGGUCUCUUGGUUUGUGGUUUUUUGGUUUUUUUUUUGGUUUUUUUUUUAGAUGGCUUUGUCCUAGGAGAAUUUCCUGUGGGAGCACGUGUGCAGACCAGCGCUACUUCACCAUCCGGCAACCCAAAUGGCUCCUCUUCUCCCCCUCAAAUUGAAACUUGGGGGUUUUUUGGGUUGGUUUUUUUCUAUAUUUAACAAAGAUGUGGUUUGUCCCCUUAGCCUGUCUGUCUGGAAACACCAAAAAUUUUAUUCCCCUCUGUGUGUGUGUGUGUGGGGAGGGGUGUUUUAAUUUCCAGGGUGUUUUAAUUUCCACUGUGUCCGCCGUUGAGGUUCUCCAUCAUUUCCACGUGACCGUAAUAUUCUCCCCUGACGUUUUCUUCUUCCUUUUAACGCGGAGCGAAACUUUUAAAGUGGUGUUCACGUUCGUAUCGUUUUGUCAAAUGCUUUCGUUUUUCAAGGUGAAUGUUUUUGGUGGGGUGGAGAUAAAAAAGGACUGUCCUGAGCUGAGCUGUGACUCUGCCUUAAUUUCUGGUGCCCUGGGAAAAGCUCGUGAGAGGUUGGAGGCUUAAAACCCGGCUACAAACCCCACGUCUCCGUGCUCUGCUGGGUUAUUUGGGUUCAGCUCAGCUUCCCUCUCAUCAACGCUGCCGCCAGAGCCGACUCGCUCGCCUGUGGUAGCGGUAAACGCUUAGUUGAAGCUGUCAGCCGUUAAUCGUCACCCGGAGGAGGGAUUUUCCUUCUUAAAACGAGGGAGAAAUUAAGGAAAUUGGUUUCCCUGACACCGCAGAGGUGAUUCCCGCUGUGGAAAGAGCCGGCUGGGAGCUUUCCUACCGGAUGGGUUGAUGGAUAAGGACACGCGCUCUGCCUCGAAUCGCAGGUGUGACGCCGCCUCCAGCCUUGCAAACCUCCAGCUUGGUGUCCAUCGUUCCUACCAGAGAACUUUCCUGCACCCCCCGCCGCUGGCAACGGGCAGAAAGGGGAGGUGGAAGCAGAAAGGGGAGGUGGAAGCAGAAAGGGGAGAUGGAAGCGUUCACGUGAAGACAAAGCGCUUGGAAGACGUUGGUCUUCCUCCAGCCCAGCUCCUUGGUGGCAACAGCGACUUAACGGAUCCAAACCCCGUCCGUGAAGCCUUCAGCGAGCUAAGGGGACGGAGAGAUGGAGGAGGCGAGCUCCAGGAGAGGGAAUGCUUCGCCCCCUGCGUGCCGGGGGGAUUUAUUACCCGUGGAAAAGCCAAGCUCAGGUCAUGAACUGUUUAUCCUGGCAUCGCCCGCUCGCCUUCCCGAGCGCUGAACCCCUUUCCUGCAGCCGGACGGCUCCAACAAGUCCUUUCCUGCGGCCAGACGGCUCAAACAAGUCCUGGAAGAUUCUUUUCUUGAACAUAAUUAAUACCCUGAGUCGCUAAAUACCUCAUCGGGGCUGUAACGAGUUUGGCUCGCUCCCUCUUACACCGGUACGGCUCGAUCCUGAGUUCAACCUUGCGAGGGGUUGGGUGGCGAGGGUGGCGGCCGCUGCUUGCUCCCAC